UAAUUGCCCCAGUUACACACAUCGACACCAAAAGGAAAGCAAAUCAGUGACAUAAAGAUGGUGGGAUUUGAUGAAAUUGGUGGAGUGGUGUUUUGGAAGCAUGUUGUAAACCUCCCUGGUUCAUAUAUCGGGGAAGGGGGUGACUGGCUGUUGUGUAUAUUCCUAACCUGUCUCCUGUAAUGUUUUCUUUAGGCUUCUCCGCUUGUUUUUUCGGCGUUAAAAUAAGCCCGAGCGAGCAUGUGUGCUGAAUUUAAACACAAUCAAAGCUGAGCUGCAGUAUAUGCGUCGUGGACUUGGGAUUAAGGGUAAAGCUGCGAGUGUUUUCCGUGAGUAGUAGUGACGCAGACACGCCAGACAAGGCCUCGGUUACGACCACUGCAGUGGAGGGGAAGGGGAAGGUGAAUGGGGCAACAGCGACCUCCGUGGGCAAUGAGACCGGAUGCUUCCGCUGCGCAAUAGUGGCUCAGACAAAAGGAGGGGAAGGGCUUUAUGGCGAUAUUUAGAUCCGCCAGACAGGCUGUUAUCUGCAGAGGCAAAAGAAGUGAAUAGCCCCUGCGGUAAACUGGGUGAAAAAACACCCUGAUUUAGGUUUACAGCCUGAGAGCCAUUGGCAUAGUGGCGUCUUUUCCUGCUCUGGAGGUGUUUGUCUAUUCUAACUUUUAGUGCACAAAUAGGCGCACAGCCACUCCAUUUCCCCCUCCCAUGCUUGUUUGAUGUCUGUUGGCCAAAUAAUGUGCAAGUACCAGUGAGGUGAUAGCUUGGAACUACAAUGCACAUUAUGGACAGCUUGUGCCUUUUUUCCUGUGCUCCUCUUCUAAGUGCAAGAGUAACAGCAGAGUGGAAAGAAUUCCUGCGUGUUGAAUUGCCUGUGGCCUUGUGGGGUGUUGGCCAAGCUUUCCGUUUAUUUGCUGGUAAUAAAUAAAACACGGCGUAAUGUGCGAGAACUCAAGGUUGCUGCUUUGUGGACGUUCUCUGCAAUGUGGGCUUAGAUGUUGGAUAUUAUGGACGAUGAUACGCACACAGCCACCACGUUUAGUAAAAAUCACCUUGAGUUUAAGUCUCUGGUGUAUUUCUGUUAUAUACGCAAAUUCUCAGUAUACGGUGAAUACUAUUGUGUUACAGCAAUAUAUUUACAAAAUGGUAUUGUAUUAAAUUGAAGCUUCAACAAAUACAAAGUUAUCAUUAAUUAAAUUACUUUAAUCUUCACACCUCUAGCGGGCUAUUUUCUGAAUGUUUAUUAAUUAAUUAAUUUAAUUUCUUUGUUUAAUUGUAUAAUCUCAAUCUUCACUACAUAUAUUUCAAAUUCAAUAUUUAAAGUGUGCUUUCGUGUCUCGGUGUUCUCCACUGCUCGCACCAUUUAUUUUUUAAAAGGAGGAAACCACAAACACCACAUUACGCAUAUUUUUAGCUCUAUUUAAGUGUAACGUUACACCGAGGCCCUGGCUGCUAGCAGGCAUUAGAGUUAAUUUGUUGAUGGCGGUGAUGAUAGCAACAUAUAGAGGCCCAUACAAGUGAUAACGGCGGUGUAAAUAAUAAACGGCAGGUUAAGCAAGAAACCUGCAAUCCGCCAUCAGUAUGUUAUUUGGAAAAUAUUUAAUAAAUAUUCGGCUACCGUGGUUCAGUUCAGCAGGUUAAUAACAAAUCUUUAACCACAUUUAUUUAAUUUUCUUUGCUCGUUUUAAUGGACCUAAUUCUAUAUUUUAAUUUCAAUUUUUGUGCCCAUUUUGUAACACACCUAGUACUUUAUAUUUCAUAACGUGAAGUCAUAUGCUAUCUAGGAAUUGUUAUUGUUAUUUUAUUUGUUACAUAGACCAGUGGUUUUACACAGUAAUUAUAGUCAAACCAACAAUAGUCUGAAACUGCAACUAACAAGGCAAAUUUGGGAAUAAAAUAGUCCUGCUUCUUUUCUCUUUUUGUUAAUCUGAUUGAAUGUUGAAAUUUUCAAAAUAAAAAUACUCCUUCCAUUUAAAGUAAUAUUUUCAUGUUUAUUGAUUUCUUUUUCAACUCUCAAAUAUGUACUACAUAGUACUGCAUCAUCGUAGUUAAAACUGUGCAGAUGUUGAAAUGUCGAUUGUAGGGAUAUAGCUCCAAUAUACAGGGACGUGAAACGUCCAUGUCUAAAUCACAAAAAGUGGUUAAUGUAGAAAAAUAAGACCAAAAAAGCAUUAUGCUUAUAAUCAGUAUGCGUAUAUGUUUUAUAUUUUUUAGAUGAGCAACUAUCUUGUGUGGCUAAAUGUUAAACUGAAAAUAACAAUUUUAGCCUAAUAUAAGAUACAACCCGCAUGUAUUUUGGUGUAUUUGUCAGUUUGGUUUGUAAAAUAUGUUUAAAAAUUGAAGCUGAAAAACAGGGAAAUAUACACACAUUGGAAGAUGUCUGACACAGCCGAAAAGGAGCAAAAUAAAAAAUGAAAAAAGUAAUUUCUAGUUGUAAUUUGAUGUUUCUGCAUGUUUCAGCUGUGUGCUGCUAAGUUUCUUUAAUACAGUGCUGGUUAAAAUGUGUUUUGGUGAGCAGCAAUGGUAGGGUGCUUACGUGUCCUAUAAAGUACCUCGUAAAAUAAGGUUUCCAAAAACAUAUUGUAUCGUUUUGGAUAACCAAGAAGUGAUUUUAACAGCAGUGGUAGGGUAACACACAGUAAAAUCACAUUUUAUUCAGUCAUUCAUAUUUUCUGUCUCACAGAUAACAGAUCUAACUAAUAUCUUGAUAAUUCUUAGCUUUAAAACUAGAAGUUGUUAUAGGAGAGCGGGUGAGUAUUUAAUGACCAAAGGGAUUGAUUUAUCCUUUAUUGUUCAGCCUUUAUGAUCACGUGUGUCUGCUACCCAAUAGCAUGGCAGCCUGACUCCCCAUUACUAGCCCACUGUAGUUCUCUGUGGGGCCAAGUUGCUACUUGAUUUCUCCACAUUGUUAUUUUGCGAGGCUGGGUUUACUGCGUGUGUAUGUGUGUGUGGUGUGUGUGUGUGCGCGUUUUACUUUUGCAUGUAUCUGUUGUAUGACUGCGUACAUGUGAACGCAUAAUUUCUCUGCCAUGUCGACAUCCGGAACACUGACUAGUUACUACGUCGAUUCCCUCAUUCUGCCCGAGAGCGAGGAGCUCUCUGUGCCGAGAUACCCCUCCGGUCCUGGGCUCCAGCACGCUAGACAGUCCGCCUCCAUAGGCGACCACAGUGAGCUUGGGACCUGCACCUUCCCGUCCAAACCUCCUGUAUUCGGGCCGUCGUGGAGCCACGUUCCUGCCCAGUUCCCAGGCACCGUCUCCUCUGUGUAUCAUCACCACUAUGGGCAUCCCCAAGGCCCGGUCGGUGCAGAUACAGAUGGCCGCUAUCAGUCGUGGCUGCUGGAGCCCAUGUCCGGUUCCCUACCCAUGGCCGGAUUACCGACGACCCAUCACUACGGAAUCAAACCGGAGGGUCUGGGGACGCGAGCUGACGGCGCGCUGCCCGGCUCCCACACGGCGCUGCUGCUCUCUGAUUACGCCAACGGGACCGUGGCCACGGCGUCACCGGUGGAAAAGGACACACUGUCCGGCCAGGCAGGAGACGUGAGCGGGGAAGCUGAAGAGAAACCGGGCCUUGAUCCAAAUAACCCAGUGUCCAACUGGCUCCACGCGAGUGCCACGAGAAAAAAGCGCUGUCCGUACACCAAGCACCAGAUCCUGGAGCUGGAGAAAGAGUUCCUCUUUAACACCUACCUGACCAGGGACCGUAGGUACGAGGUUGCGAGGCUGUUAAACCUCACCGAGAGACAGGUUAAAAUCUGGUUCCAGAACCGCAGGAUGAAGAUGAAGAAGUUUAAUAAAGACGGCGCACCGAAAGACGAGUGACUGAACCGUAGAUAUACAGUAUUUAGGCUGUUAGCGAGCUUUGUGUGUGAAAGCUCUUAACUCUGCUGGACCUUGUUUUUAAACUUCAUUGUCUUAUUGUUCUAUAUAACAGAAGCUGUUAGGCUUAUUUGUCUUGUAAAGAAAAGCAUGUUGGGCUUCAGUUUGAUGCGACUACCUUUAUAUUGCACAAUUUUAACAGUGCCCACUCGUUUUUGUAUUUGUUCUUUUCUCAUGUUUAUUUUAAAUAAUACCUCGUUCUGUGUAUUAGUUGGCCUGGUCCCUGUGCUUGUUUGUGUAUGGAUGUUUCUAGCUGUGUGUGUUCUGGUUUGUAGCUAUAUUUGUUGUCGUAUAGUUUGUAAAAUGUAUUAAUUUUAUUGUUGUUUCUCCCUUACUGCUAGAACAAUGACUGAUGACCAUGAGUUUGAGUCUAACAUUGGAACCGUAGAAAAACAGACUGAUUUUUGAACAUUUUGAUGUAGGCGCAUAAACCUCAGAAACCUCUUGAAAAUGCUAAAAUCCUAAAUUAAAAGAUGUUAUAGAAGUUAUAUUACAUGACACGAUUGACUACCUAUGUCUUUCAACUACCUACAAUAACCUAUUUUUUCCAUGGCGGAUUAUAGUAGAUUUGCUUGCAUUAGAUGCUGAACUAUGAAUUUCAGGGAGUAACAUUUUGAAAGUACAUAAUGUUUGUUAGUGAGAGAAAAUUAAAUAAAACACUGUAGCUACUUAUUGAAUACCUCACGGUCUGCCGACCGUCUGACUUUUGGUUCACAAAUGUAAUUUGUACUUUAUUUAUUAAAUAAAACAAAUUAUAUCUGCGAAUGCAGGCACGUUA